UACAGAAGAGCUUUUAAAGAGAGAUAAAUCUAAUUGAAAAGUAAUAUUUUGUCAAGUUGAAAGUCAAAAAAACUAAAAAGUUUGACCAAGAAAAAAGCCUGAUCUUUAAGACCACUUUUAAUGGAGUAUUCACUGAAGUACAAAAUAUGACUGGCUUAGUUAACCGGAUUUCACUGAAUUUGAAAAACCCACAGAAAGGCUUGGUGGGAUGGUGGCUGAAUUCUGCAUUUAAAAAGCGUAAUGCAUAUUUAGAAGAAAAUGCUGCUCGUUUGUGUAAUAUCCAACCUGAUCACAAAGUGCUAGAAAUAGGAUUUGGUCCUGGUUGUGGGUUGGAAGCAGCAUACAAAUAUGUAAAGGAGGGAAAUGGAAAAAUUCAUGGAGUAGACAUAUCAGAAUAUAUGGUAGAAUAUGCCAGUAAAUCAUGUCAUCAAUUGAUUCAACAAAAUAAACUCCAAAUUUUGUUAAGCAGUGUGCAUCAUAUGCCUUUUAAUACGGACACCUUUGAUAGGGUAUUUCAUGUAAACUCCUAUUAUUUCUGGCCCUCUAUGAAACAUUCUUUACGGGAAAUUUAUCGUGUGAUGAAACCAGGUGCUAUCAUGGUAACAACCCUUAACUUAAAAAGACUGAAAAUUUUGCAAUCGAAAGGAUACUUUAAGCAUGGAAACAUCGAUCCUCUGAAAUACAUGGUAGCGCUAGAAAAAACUGGUUUUGAGAAUGUUCGAAUUGAAUACCUUAAGGACAGUCUGUACAAAGAAAAAAAAACAUAUCAAGCCAUAUUCGCGGAAAUAAAAGAGAAGCCAGCGUAUGAUGAGGAAUUUGAAGAUGUGGAAUAUGAAGAGAAUUUAGACAUUAAAAACAAUGAAAAAUCAGAUGAUCCUUAACCUCUUUAAUCGGCUCAUCUUGACUUUUUUUAAAGGGGUGCAAGACUUUCCUCAGCCUGGUAUUGAAUUUUGGUAGUUUAAAUGCUUUGCCAUAGCCAGCUGCUUAACUAUUUUUUGUGAAUAGUGCUACACACAACCGUCCCAAGUACGAUUUAGGUACCAAUAAAGUAAAUGUGUAGAACUUUGAA